AUGUCGGACAUGGAGGGUGCUGACACUUCAGACCAGCUGAAUAAAUUUGAGAAACUGUCCAGCAGGCCGCCGCACGGAGCGAUGCUAGCAGGUCAUCGAACCCCUCCUGCCCGCAGUGGACAUCGCUGUGUCGCUGACAACGCUAACUUAUAUGUGUUUGGAGGUUAUAACCCUGACUAUGAUGAGUCGGGAGGCUCAGCGAACGAAGACUAUCCACUGUUCAGGGAACUUUGGAGGUACCACUUUGCUACAGGCUGCUGGCAGCAGAUACGCACAGAGGGGUACAUGCCCACAGAACUAGCAUCCAUGUCAGCUGUUUUGCAUGGAAACAACCUUCUGGUGUUUGGAGGAACCGGGAUCCCUUUUGGUGAGAAUAACGGCAACGACGUUCACGUUUGUAAUGUGAGGUACAAGAGAUGGUCGCUGCUCAACUGUCGAGGGAAGAAGCCUAACAGAAUCUAUGGACAGGCAAUGGUCAUUAUAAAUGGCUUCCUGUACGUGUUUGGGGGGACAACAGGUUACAUUUACAGCACAGACCUGCACAGGCUGGACCUGACCACCAGGGAGUGGAUUCACCUCAAGCCCAACAAUCCUCCUGAUGACCUGCCUGAGGAACGAUACAGACAUGAAAUAGCACAUGAUGGACAGAGGAUUUAUAUUUUGGGAGGGGGAACUUCAUGGACAUCAUAUCCUUUGGAUAAGAUACAUGCCUACAAUCUAGAGACAAAUUCCUGGGAGGAGAUUACAACUAAACCUCAUGAAAAGAUAGGGUAUCCUGCUCCUCGAAGAUGCCAUAGUUGUGUCCAAAUACGUAAUGAUGUAUUUAUCUGCGGGGGCUACAACGGAGAACUGAUAUUAGCGGAUCUGUGGAAAAUCAACCUGCACACUUUCCAGUGGAGUAAACUACCAGCAGAGAUGCCUGAGCCAGCUUACUUUCACUGUGCUGCUGUUACUCCGGCUGGCUGCAUGUACAUCCACGGUGGUGUAGUGAACAUCCAUGAGAACAAGAGGACUGGCUCUCUGUUUAGAAUCUGGCUCGCUGUUCCCAGCCUGCUGGAGCUUUGCUGGGAGAAGCUUCUCAAAUCGUUUCCCCACCUGACUUCUCUCCCCACCUUUCAUCUGUGCAACCUGGGCCUCACGGAGGAGCUUGUAGAACGCUUGAAAUAAGCACGAAAGGAGCAAAAACACGAAAGGAGCAAAAACACGAGAGUCGCGAAAAGGCUGGGCUGGACAGCGAAAAGAUGAGAUCUUAGAAAACAAAAUCUGAUUUAACAGGUUCUGGGAUAAGACUCGGACCCUCCUGCCUGAUGUAGCCCCGCCUUAAAGCCAAAAACAAUGGGAUGCCUUUUUUUGUGUUCUAUUUUUUUUUUCUAGUUAAGAUGAAUAUAUGUGGAAUGUUUUAUGGAUUUUACUCAAAGC